AUGGGCAUCACCCGGAGUGACGUUGAGAUUCACGAAUCAGUCCGAGAAAUUAUCAAGCGGGAUCGAAGAGUGAUGCAACUGUUCGAUUCUGUCCAGAUUCCAAAUAUUCCUAAUGGCACUGGUGGUUACGGUAUCACUCUUCGAACACCCGCCCCGGCGCCAGAUUCAAGUCCUAGCAAAGAGCGCAGGACGAUGCCUCGAGCACAUACUAGCAAGAAGGCAAUGGCAGAUCCUUCUGCACCCAAGAAAGUGACUAUUACAGAGUCAAUGUCGAGGAAAAAUCAAGCAAGGCGUCGAUCUGCGACUGAGAACCCCAAUCGAUCUCGAAUCCGGCGAGAUCUCACUAGCAGCGCGAUUGCUAUAGCAUCCCAGAGACAAGGCCAGACCCGGACCGAACAAAACAAUCAGAAUUCAAACAACUCGAUUGUCUCCAGAGACAAUCAGAGCCGGGAAGAAACUCGAGAUAAACAAGGACGUUCAAAAGCCCCUCGCUCUAAAGUGCCGUGCACCAUUAAACGUGUACCCAACACAUUGUCACAAGAGCAGGCAAAGAGAGCUAUGCUCUGGCAUCGUCGUUGGAUCAAGUUUCGGUUUCCAGUGCCGAGAAUGACCAUUUUCGAUGAUAUCACAAAUUCGUAUUUGAAACUCGUCGAAAAGGUUGAGGUGACUUUUCUGCGCGCUCGACCUCGCAGCAUCUAUAGUUACGACUCAAACCUAGAGUUUCGCAGAGAGAUGGAAAGUGCACGGGAGUUUCAGAUCACUAAAGAAGACUCUGAAACAAUAAAGUCAAGGCUGCGACAAUUCCCGGCGACCUUUCAGAGUGAUUUUGAGCUUCUCGGAAUUCCUGAAGAGAGAGUUUUUAUUCUGACGGAUCUGGCUCUCCUCAUGACCACCUCUGGCUGGAAUAAGCGACUCAUAGUUCCUCGGCCACUGACAGUAAAUGGCCAAAGACUUGAGCCCCGGCACUUGGCUUUGGUUAUUCGUUGCGCGCCCCAUGUCGGAGCGCCUUUGCCGCCGUGUAUCACUUUCAAGGUUGGCCGUAUCGAGAAAUCACAGGACACUUUUGACGAUACUCCUGUCUGCUUCAGUCUGGAUGGAUGGGCUGAGCCCCUUCAUCUUCUUGAUUGGCUCGAGCGUGUCUUCGAUCCAAAGACCAAUCCCACUGGUGCGGUUGGAAAGGAGGCUCCACGUCGCUUAAUGUUGAUUGACGGAUACAGAUUCCCCAUCAGUCCCGAAUUUUUCAUCACUUGCUGGCUGAAAAAUAUCUUCUGUGUGUGUAUCACCCGCCAUGGGGCGCCAUACUUCAAUCCGUUGAACCAUGGCGUGUUCGCAUGCAUCGAAGGCCUAUAUGCAGAUUGGAUUGUGGCUCAGGUCGAAGCCGAAGGUGAUGAGCUAGCUGGGUUCAAGGCCGAGCCCCGGGAAUUUGCUGCAGCCAUCAGUAAGUUCAUGAAACACUCAACCGUGAAGAAAGCGAUUGCACUAGGUUGGAGGAAAACCUGCCUAUUUCGGGCCCAGGAUCAGAAAACCAUUUGCAACCUUAUCGACAACAAUGGCGCUCCAGAACCCACAAUGACAAGCUCUUCUAUGCGGAACAAGUCAAGACUGAGACCGCAAACUCCUCCCCAGAGAACUGUAUUGAAUUUGAUUUCACCGGAGCCUUCAGAGAGAACGCUAGAGUCAAUUCCUGCAUCCCAAACCCAACGCGCGCAAUGUGAUGAUGACGGACUGGAUGGUUUCAUUUCAGAGGACACGAACAAAUCCCAGAAUGAAGAAUACAUGCCUUCUCAAGAGGGCGACUUUGAGUCAGCAGAAGAGCUCCCUUACGACGACUUCCUAUUGAACAGCAUUCCAGAUUACUUCCACGCUGAAGAGGAUGAGACAAUUGGCAGAGAUGCCGAGAUUUCGUCCAAUGCAGCUGAGCCCCUAAAUCCACAAACGCACGACCUUUCAGUGACCCCGGAGCUCAACAACGUGAUUGAUGAUGAAGACUCGAAGUGGUGCAGAAGCCAAAAACGUAAAAUGCUCAAGAGACUUGACAGUCUGGUUGACGCAACUUCUCCAAAGACGAAGAAAAGAUGCAAGAGCAAGGUGAUGGAGGCAUACAAGGAGAUGAGCGCAGCAUAUUCUGCCCUCGAACGUCUCCUAGCUGCCAGAUUUGUUUGCUCUGGCCACAAGGCCCAAGAUCCUUCCCCUCUACUACCGGUCUCGAAUUCCAACAAAUCAAACUCCGAGAAGGUGGGCGAGGAUGUUGAAAGCAAUGUUGAUCAUGCAGCUGGCAAUGAUCGAAGCUCAAGCCGACGGAUCUGA